UCUUCUUUUGCUCUCGCUUGUAGUUUGAACACGUUAGUCUUUGAGCUGAAGAAAACAAUUUUUCAUUAUCAAAUUAAAUUUUUUGUAAACUCACCAUGGCGACAGCUGAAGAUCCAGUAAAAAAAGCAGAAAUUGAUCAACCUUUGCUCGAGAGACACAAAAAACCGGUUUGUUUAAUUGUUCUCGGCAUGGCUGGUUCGGGGAAAACGACAUUUGUACAACAGCUAACGGGACUCCUACACAUGAAAAAGAAGGCACCUUACGUGAUCAAUUUAGAUCCAGCUUGUAGAGAAGUACCUUAUCCAGUCAACAUUGACAUAAGAGACACAGUCAAUUAUAAAGAAGUAAUGAAACAGUACUCACUUGGACCUAAUGGUGGCAUUGUCACUUCGUUAAAUCUCUUUGCCACAAAAUUUGAUCAAGUUAUCAAACUGAUAGAAAAAAAAUCUGAAAACACAGAAAUCGCUAUUUUUGACACACCAGGGCAAAUUGAAGUUUUCACUUGGUCAGCUUCUGGAUCUAUUAUCUCAGAGACACUAGGUGCUCUUUUCCCAACAGUAGUGGUCUAUGUUAUAGAUACUGUUCGUAGUGUCAGUCCUGUAACAUUCAUGUCAAAUAUGCUAUAUGCAUGCUCCAUCCUCUACAAGCUCAGACUACCUUUUAUCAUAGUCAUGAACAAGAUUGAUGUUGUGAGUCAUAAGUUUGCUCUGGAAUGGAUGAAAGAUUUUGAGAUGUUUGAAGAGGCAGUGGAAAGAGAUAAGAGCCACCAUGCAAAUCUAUCACGAUCUUUGUCUUUGACAUUAGACGAAUUCUACAAGGAUAUCACCACUGUUGGUUUUUCUGCUGUUACUGGAGAAGGAUUUGAAGAAUUUCUGGCCGCUGUUGAUGCCGCCGUUGUUGAAUACGAAACAGAAUACUGCCCAGAACAUGAUCGCUUGCUAAAACUUCAAGCCGAAGCCCGUACAAAGGAUAAAGACCGCCAAAAGAAAAAAUUCCAACACGAUUUUGACAACGAUGUACAAGCCCAAAGUGUAUCAAGUGCGACAUCUGAAAUAUUGUUGCGCAAUCGAGCCAUCGGCGGAGAAUCCAGUAGUGAUGAUGAAGAACACGAAGGGCGCCCUGGAGACGACGAUGAUGAAGAAGACCGAGUUGGUCAGAAAUCAUUCCACAACUUCUUGGAAGAACAGAAGAAGAAGCAACAGUCGAAAUCGAAUAAACCUUCGUAAAUCCUAGCGCCAUCUUCACUUAACACCACUAAUGUUACGACAAUAACAUGAUGUACAUCAAUGUCAUCUGAAAAUACAAAAUAUACAGAAAUGCUGAAAAAA